AGAUCAACCAAUAUAGACCAUAGAAUAAUGCCAGUGAAAUCCAUAUAUCAAGGGGAGGAUGACCAAGCCAUGGACGGGGUUGUAGCCGACUCCCAGAUCAAUUAUAACGACGCUAUAGACUACUGGACGUCUGUGCCAGCCUCAGUUAAUGGAGUCUUGGGUGGAUUUGGUGAACAAACAUCUGUACCCAAGGCUGAUAUCAUUGGUUCAUCCACCUUUUUGCGCAAGCUCCAAGCCCGUAUGGUUUGUCCCGAGGGCCAACCAAAACUCACCAUCGAUAUGGGUGCUGGUAUUGGCCGUAUCACGAGGGAUUUGUUGUGGAAAGUAAGUGAUGUUUGUGAUUUAUUAGAACCAGUCAAGCCAUUUGUAGCACAAAUGUCCAAUGAGUUGAGCCAAGUGCAACAAAGAGGCAAGUUGGGUGACAUCUACGACAUCGGAAUGCAAGAAUGGUCCGCUGACGCAAAUAAAUUGGGCCGUUAUUGGUUGGUUUGGUGCCAAUGGUGUGUAGGUCAACUCCCAGACGCUGAAUUGGUCCAGUUCUGGAGAAGAUGCGGUGAAGCCUUGAUGGGCAACGGCGUGGGGACCUUGAUUGUAAAGGAGAACAUCGCUCCAGCGGAAGACAUUUUCGAUGAAACCGAUAGUUCAGUCACCAGAACUGACGCUAAAUUCAGACAAUUGUUCCAAGAAGCCGGUUUCAAAUUAAUAGCAAGUGACGUUCAAAAGGGCUUACCAAAGGAAUUAUACCCAGUCAGAAUGUACUGUUUGAAAUUCCAAGGUUAAUGCCUUAUAUACUUGAUGUACAAUAUAGAAUAGAAGCA